AUGAAGUCCCAUUACCCCUUUCCCAACCGGCAACUCUCGUAUGUGCUUCUUCUCCUUCUCUCUCUCUUAUCUCUCGCACUUUCCGAUCCUUUGCGUAUCAAUGUCGGUGGACCUUAUCUCGAUAAGAUUAGUUUCCGCUCUGACCUCACAACCUACCUCACUAACAAAGCAACAGUUACCGAGACUCUAAACCCGAACACCUUCACUAUUCCUGGAACAUGGGGGGCCGUAUAUCAUGGAUACCGUUGGGCAUCAUCUGGUAACCUCGAGUACAAGAUUCCGGUUGCCUCCCCAGGAACAUAUUCAGUCGCGGGUCUAUUUAUGGAAACAUACAAUGGAGCCCAGUCCCCCAAUUAUCGCGUCUUCAACAUCAAGAUCAAUGGUGUUACGAAGAAGACCAACGUUGACGUAUUCAAACAGCAAGGAUUUCAAAAACCCCUUUACAUCAAGUUUGAGAACAUCAAGCCCAGUGGAGGUUUCAUCACGUUUACUGUGGAACGAAUUAGCGGGAAGAAUAAUCCUAUGCUGAGUGGCCUUGUUAUGGAGGGGGCUGGGGUCGAUGCCAAGGUUGGAAAUGCAGGCCUUCCUGGUUCAGCAACAACAACAUCCAAACCUGCGUUCAAGGAUUCUCCUUCGUCAGGCUCCGGAGACCCGAUGUGUAAGACUGGCGUCUUUGGAAAGAACAACAACAAUGGUCAGAUCGCGUGCUGUAAGAAGGUCUGCGGGAAAUGCGGCGGUAACGAUUGCCACAAAUUUGCACCAGGAGAGAAUUGUUGUAUUUCCAGUGUGAAGGCCUUAGGUACCUCUUGUGAUGCGAAAGGUCCUCCUUGCAUUCCCUCUGCUGAUCUGAGUGCAGGUGGAGAUGUUGACAAUAAGGUCGCAACCACGCCAAACAAGCUUGCGUGUCCUGGUACGAGUAUUUUUGGCGUCAACGGCAAGGGAGAGUCUGCUUGUUGCCCAAAGGAGUGCGGGAAGUGCGGUGGAGAAGGUUGCGAUAGUUUCGCUCCUGGAAAGCUUUGCUGUAUCUCUGGUGUCUAUAAAAACGGCGCUUCAUGUGCGACUAAAGGGGCUCCGUGCAUUCCGACUGGCUCCUCGGGCGGGGGCCCGACACCGACGACUUCACCCCCGACCACAGGAUCUUCGACAUGCGCAAUUUCAGGAGCCACAACGAACUCCUUCCGCAUGAACGCUGGAGGAGGCGCUAUUGGGGUUGCCUCGAUGGGAGCUGAUAAUGCCCAAUACGUGACCAGUGCCAGCAAGGGUCUUGUCUUCUCCUCUCCCAUCAAAAAAAUUUCUGCAAAGUCAGGAAAAGCCUCAUGGGAUGGUGCUUACUCUAGCCACAGGUGGACUAAGGCUACGGUUCUAAGUUACAAGAUUCCGGUACCAGCAGGGAAGUACACUGUCAAGUUGUUGUUCGCGGAGACCUUUUUUGCGAAGCCCGGAGCCAGAAUCUUUGACGUAAUCAUUAAUGGUGCGAAGAAAAAGCAAUCUUUAGAUGUUUUCGCAUCCGUUGGGAAAAACAUUGGCCUUGUGCUCGAUUAUCCAAACGUGUCACCAGUUGGAGGCCAUAUUCAGGUAACACUUAGCAAGUCAGUUGAAAAUCCAAUGAUCUCUGGAAUCAUGAUUGAAGGAAACGGUGCUGGAUCAACUGCCGUAGGUGGCGGAUGCAGCACAGUUGGUGGAAAGGUUGUUAGUGACACUCUCAACGGAGGCUUCAACCAUCGAGCUCACUCUGUUCCUGGCGGACCCUACAUGGCCACGGACUUCGACAACAACGGGAAGGCAUCUAUUUCAUUUGAUGGAACCCAAUCUCACUCGCACUUCAACGAUCCUGGGCCACCUGCGGUCACAGGUGCCAUCGUAUCGUAUAAAUGGAGCUGGACUGAGGUUGUUGAUGGAAAGCAGAUGAAGAAGACCAACAACAACAAAUCUGGAGUGUUCACAGCCUCCUUCCCGCUGGGGAAAACGGUGGUCACCCUGGAGGUAGUUGAUUCAACAGGUGACGUUGCGACGGACUCGACCGUUGUCGAGGUGAAAGGGUCUGCAUCAAAUGGGGCGUACUGCUACUAUUAUGAUUAUGGCAAUUCCCUCUUUUCGACAGUUCCACUUCCCCUUCAGACAACGUCAAAGCCAAAAGCUCUUGUCGGGUCUGAGAAAGCAUCAAUCAACUUCAAGUCCUUGGCUAGUUUCGGCCCCUUUCCCUUCUCUGGAAACUCGUUUGCUGUGAGGUGCACGUUCUUCAUUGAUGCUCCAAAAACAGCUAAAUAUUCCUACAGCGUCCAACAUGAGGGGCCUUUCAAGCUAUAUCACUCCGGUGUAGUGAUGGGGCAGUCUAACUCAAAGGGAACCACAAAAACUUCUUCAAAAACGCUGAUAGCUGGUCUCAAUGCAUUCCAAUUGCUCUACUUUAGACCGAAGAAUGUCACUCCGAAGUUGAUAUUGUCUGAUUCCUCGGGACCACUCGCCUCGCCUGUUCUUCAGCAUGAUUCGUCAGCAACGAUUCCAGUCAUGAAGAGCUUAUCGAAGAGCUCCUCGUCUCCGACUGGAGGAGAAAACAUCCAAAUCAUCGGGUCUGGGUUUAUCAACGGCGUGUCAGUGAAAUUUGGAAGUGUAGAAGCAAGCAAUCUGAUUUCAUCAGACCCAGGAGUCUUGCAAGUGACUGUACCUCCAGGGUCCGGUGUUGUCCCUGUUACUGUUCACACCAACGCCGGUGUUUCGAAUGGUCUGCCAUUCACCUACAAGGCUAACUCUGGGGCCGCGCUAGACCAACCGGUGAUUUUUAAGCAAGAGAAGUUGAAAAAACCGGAUGGCAGCACCUUCAAAAUAUCACUUAUCACAUCGGCAGCAUAUGGACCGGAUGGGCGUCUUUAUCUUGGUAGCACAGCUGGAAAGGUAUAUGCACUGAAAGUUGACAAAAAUUUGAAAGUGCUUUCCGUUUGUGAGAAGCAGGUCGGAACGAAGAGAGCUGUCCUCGGAGUCGCUUUUAGUCCCUUUUCGAAUGGCUUGAAGAUGUUCUUCACGACGAGUGCUAUAUACUGGAAGGACAAGAAUCUCUUGAAUUUUGAGCAGGGAUGGACAAACGGGAAGAUUGAGACCAUUGUAUUUAAUCCCAACCAACUGUCCGGGGCCUCGUGUGCGUCUAACCAGGAAGCCUUAGUGACCGGACUUCCUGUGUCGAACCAUGACCAUGCUCUCAAUAAGCUCCAGUUUCUGCCGAAUGGAAAGCUCCUGGUUGGCGUUGGAGGCUUCACCAAUGGUGGAAUUUCGGUCCCUGGCAAGAAGCCGGUCCCGGGAGAUGCCAAUGAUGAUAAAUUGGGUGGCGUUGCUAGCAACCCGUUGUCGGCUGCAAUCGUGAUAUGUCCUGCCAACAAGAAAACUGAUAUCAAGUACAGCAACUACGCCAAUCCAGAAAAGGCCACAGUAAUCGCUGGAAAGGACUGUUCAGUGUACGCUUCUGGGUUGAGAAACUCGUUUGGAAUGACUUUGCACACAAAUGGAAAGCUCUAUGCUCUCGACAACGGGCCGAAUGCGGGCUUCGGUGAUUUCGCUACCAACUGCGUUGGAGGCAAGAAAUCUGCGCAGAACACCCCUGACAAGCUCUUCGUUGUUCAACCUGGAAAGUACCACGGCCAUCCAAAUCUUAACCGGAAAGAGUGCGCUCACUACCCGCCCUCUGCGGUUCAACCUCUUAUCGGAAAUAUCAAGAGCUCUACCAAUGGUAUCAUUGAGUAUAGAUCAAACACGUUUGGCGGUGACAUCAAGGGAAAUCUCUACCUGUCGAAGUUCUCUGUUCAGAAUAACGGACAAGUUGCUCAGGUCAAGCUAAGUGCAGGUGGGACGAAAGUGGCUGGGUACGCCUCUAAUUUCUUAGGCUUCUCCGGUCUCAGUCUUGUCGAGGGCCCACGGGGUGAGCUUAUCAUGCCACGUGUGUACCAAGCGGAAAUUGUUGUUGCCAAACCCAGCUAUCCUGCCCCGAAGGUUACUUUCAUGCUUGGUGUCAUGCCAAGACAUGGACCUGCUUCUGGAGGUACGAAGGUGUUAAUUUCGGGACACAACUUUGGCAACUCACCGCAAGCGACGUUCGGUGGAAAGAAAUGUACCAAUGUUGUUUCAAUUGAUGAUGACGCUUUCACAUGUAUAACGCCAUCGCAAUCGAAAAAUCAGAAGGUUCCUGUUGUCGUGCAAGGAGCUGUCGGAAAUUCACCAUCGUAUGGAUCUGAUUUUUGGUACAUGUAA